UAUGUGUCAAUACAUAUAGUCGAUGUUGUCUUCACCACUCUAAUGUACAUACCAGUAUACCAUGCUGUAACAAACACUUCCUUAUACAACCGACUUAAAAUGGAUACAUUGUACAUGUUUUUAACCUUUUCUGUUACCUUUCUUGGAUGUAUAUAUAGUUGUACCAGUGCAAUACAAGUACCCACAAUGAAGAGUUUCUGCUACUUCACUAAUUGGUCGCCGAAGUACGCCAAUCUCGACGCGCGGAUGGACGUGCGAGAUGUAAACACCAGCCUGUGUAGCCAUCUCGUGUAUGCGUUCGCCGAUAUAGACCGCCAGAACCUCACCCUCGUUAAGAGCCAGCCCGACGACGACGACGGCACGGUCUGGACCAAGCGGGGUCGCUACUUCACCUUUAACAAACUGAAGGCGGAUUGCCCGGGGCUCAAGACGCUGUUGUCUGUGGGUGGGGCGUAUGGUCAUGGUUUUCCGCUAGUGGUGGCGAACGCAGAUGCCAUGCGGACGUUUGCACGGAACGCGGCCUUGUACGCGCGAGACCGUGACUUUGACGGAAUUGACAUCGACUGGGAAUACCCCAGAAAGCUGUACAGGGAAAAGUUCCUCGACCUUAUAAAGGUGCUGCGAACGGUGUUUGAGGAGGAGGCGGCGCGCACCGCCAACCCGCGGCUGCUGCUGACAAUUGCGGUUGCGGCCGGUCAGCAGACGGUAACCGAGUCGUACAACAUUCCGGCAAUCACGCGCUACGUGGACUACAUACAAGUUAUGGCGUACGACUUCCACGGUCCAUGGAGUCACGUGACGAGCUUUUCCUCCCCGCUAUACUCGCGAGCAUCUAACAUCCGUUUUAACCAACAAAAUAACCAGGCAUGGGCGAUAGAUCAGUGGAUAUCUGGUGGAGCCCAACGUGACAAGCUAGUGUUGGGGUUGACGGGACAGGCGUUAACUUUCACCCUAGCUGACCCCAACGACACGUGGGUCGGUGCCUCCGUGUUGGGCCCGGGAACGCCAGGUCCCUACCUUGGCGUUGAGGGGCGAGUCCCUUACUACAGGGUUUGCGAGUUGAUUCAGAACGGGGCGGUGCACCAUUUUGACGAGGAACAGAAAAUGGCGUAUGCCGUUCUUGGGGAUCAGUGGAUCGGCUACCCGACACCCGACAGUAUGAAGGAAAAGGUGUUGUUCGCCCAUAGUCGACGACUGGCGGGUACAAUGUUCUGGUCGCUCGAGUAUGACGACUUCCUGGGGAGCUAUUGCCGCCAGGGGGAGUUUCCGCUCCUCACGGCUGUCCAUGAUGCCAUGCAGGAAGUGGCUGCAUCGCCCCAGCUGCCUAUUUGACCUAUCGGAUAGCAUACAAACAGAUCAUUCCAUUGCAAAAUGACAGGAUUAAGCUUUUUAAGUGUAAAACAAUACAGACGUCCGCCGUGGAAGCAUAAACUGAAGCAGUGUCUUUCUUUAGAUUUUUACGAUUUAAAAUAAAAACGUCACAGUUUUUAAGGUUUAGUACAAUUUUGUUGUAAUUGUUUAUAUAUAUUUUCACUGUGUCUUUGUAAAACACCUAACAUGUAACAACGUAUCAUUUUCCAUUAAAUUAUUAUGCUGAGA